AUGGCUUGCUGGGCCUUCCAUGGCGGCCUCAGCGAGAACUUGGAGUCCAUCGUGAGCAACACCGUGGCGGGCUUUCAGCCUCUCACUGCAGGCUCCCGCGGGAGCAACGUCUGGGGCUCCGGCACCUACUUCGCCAGAGAUGCCAAGUACGUGUGCGAGGGCGGCUUUUGUGGGAAGCCGGCGGCGGACGGCACCCGGCAAAUGCUGAUGUGCCUUCUGAUGACGGGAAUUCCUUGUCUCGGAGAUGUCGGGCACAAAGGGGUCCUGCCGUACCGGAACAAGCCCCACCGGUACCAUUCCUCCGUGGACAGCCUCUCCAGUCCAGAGAUCUUUAUCGUGCAGCAUGCUGGCGGCGCUCUGCCGGUGUACCUGAUCACCUUCGAGUAG